AAUAUUUUUAUAUGAAAUUAGAGUAUUCUAAGACUAUUGGCAACGAAAAUUAAAUUUAAAUGACGAAUUGUUGCUGUUGUUAUUUUUGUUUGACAUUAACUGCUAAUCCCUAUCAACAUUUAAAAGGCGCUGCAAACUUUCACUGCCGCCAUUUCCUAUAACCACCAAAUGUCACCGCCAAUUGUCUUCCUUUCUUUGCCUCACUAAUUCAAGUUUUCAGUUCAACCCACACAAUAUCUAAAAAAACAAGCAAAACCUACCCAUAAACAACAAUGUCCUUCAAGAACCGACCACCGCCGAGUCCGCAACCGCAUCCGCAGGAUCUCAAACAACGCGUUAUUACUUGCCUAAACAAGCUCGCCGACCGCGACACUCUCGCCCUCGCUUCCGCCGAGCUUGAAUCCAUCGCUCGAAAUCUAACUAUCGAUACCAUCUCUCCGUUCCUUAACUGCCUCUACAACACCGACUCUUCAUCGAAGUCUCCUGUUCGGAGGCAAUGUGUAAGCCUUUUAACUUUGAUGUCUCAUUCGCACGGUAACACUCUGUCUCCUCACCUUUCUAAGAUGGUUUCCACCCUUGCCCGCCGCCUCCGCGACCCCGACUCCGCCGUUCGAUCCGCCUGCGUCGAGGCAUCAACUGCCAUGUCAUCUCACAUCACGAAACCUCCGUUUUCGGUUUUGUCGAAGCCUUUGAUCGAAAUGCUCCUGGUGGAGCAAGACGUGAACUCGCAGAUCGGAGCAGCGAUGUCUUUGGCGGCGGCGAUCGAGGCGGCUCCAGAUCCCGAGACGGAGCAGCUUAGGAAGGUAUUGCCGAAGUUAGGGAAGUUAGUAAGGAACGAAAGUUUCAAGGCGAAAGCUGCGGUUUUUGGAGUUAUCGGAAGCGUCGCUAGUAUUGGAGGUGCCAGAAGUAAAGGAGUUUUGGAUUGGUUAGUGCCCUGCGCGGUGGAGUCUUUGAGUAGCAAAGAUUGGGGAACAAGAAAGGCGGCGGCAGAGGCGUUAGGGAAAGUGGCUAUGGCGGAGAAAGAGCUGGCAACGGAGUAUAAAGUGGCGUGUGUGGCGGCUCUUGGAAAUAAGAGGUUUGAUAAGGUAAAGAUCGUCCGAGAAACUAUGAAUCGUAGUUUGGAUUCAUGGAAGGAAGUUCCUGGAGUUUGUGAGGAGGCCUCAGCUCUGCCUCAGUCCAAGUCAUCUUCCAUAGAUAAUGGUAGCUUUGGAUGCUUCCCUUCAGUUACAAAAUGUGUCAAUGAUAUUGGUUUUGGGACUCCCCAAUCAAAGAAAGUAGUCCCCAUGAGCAGGUCCCCUCCAUCUGAUGCUUCGACCUUGCCGACUGCUAAGAAAGAGACUCCCCCGAAGAGUAAUAGUAGGAAUGGGAACACAUUCAGUUUUGGUAGGCUGGACCGCUCAAAACCCUCUGAUUGGAAGAUCGAAAUUGCUGAACCUAAGUCUCUGUUUUGUGGGGCCUUUGGUGAUGAUAAUAUUAAAAAGAAUAACCUUGUAGUCCUGGGAUCAAGAGAAAUUGGGGACAACGGAAAUUUUAGGCCGGAAAGGAUACGUGUACCCUUUGGCAAGUUCCAUGAUGAAAAAGUGCUGAAAUUUGAUGGUUUGAGAUCUGGGUCUCGAGUGGUACCUUUUCAUGAUGAGGAGUGCAUAGAUGUUGAUGAAAAAAAUGCAGCUCUAGAAGUUGAUGAGAAUCCCAAAGACAUUGAGAAUCUGUCUUUGAUCCGUGAACAACUUGCUCAAAUUGAAGACCAGCAGUCCAAUCUAUUAAUCCUCCUCCAGAAAUUCAUUGGGAGCUCCCAAAGUGGGAUCAAUUCUCUAGAGACUCGUGUAAAUGGUCUUGAGAUGGCUCUGGAUGAAAUAUCUUAUGAUUUGGCUGUUUCAAGUGGAAGGAUUCCAACCAUGGAUUCUGCAGAUAACACAUGUUGCAAGCUGCCUGGUGCAGAAUUUCUGAAUCCCAAGUUUUGGAGGAAAAAUGAAGGUUGGUUCUCUACUUCAAGGUUAUCUUCUUCUGGGUGCAUGCUUUCUCUAAAUGCUAUACAUAACACAUCUGAUAAAGAUUCUGGUGGUAAAACGCAUAAGCCAGCAGUCAGCCAAAGAUAUCGUUGUCAAGGUAGGGGUGGAUUUGUUAUUAACCCAGUGGCAGAUGGUGGCAGUGAAAUAAGAGAGAAUUCAGGGUUCUCAAAUAGAAUAUCAAAGAAUACCAUUCAAAAUGCUGAGAUGGUUCAGGUUGGCAAUGCUAGUGGUCCAGAUGGGACUUCAUUGGUUCGUUGUACAGCAAUGAUGAACCUUAGCAGCAGAUCAUCAGCUUAAGUUGAAUGGGAGUUGGGCUGUUUGAAGAACCACCUUAAGCUAGUACACAAGCGCCAUGGACAAUCAAAGCUUGGAGAUGAAAUGAUACAAUAAAGCAAGUCAAAUUGUAGAUCAAAUUAUGAUGUAGAGGCGCAGUCAUUUGGCUUGUUACACGAGAUUGUAAGUUUUUUCCUUUUUAUUUUUGUUAGUAAUAAUUAACCGCAGUACUAGUCUACUAGAGCAAGGCUUUGCAUAUACAGAGUUUUGGACAGAAUCCUUGCCCCAUCACUGAUUUGUUUUUGCAAUAGAGGUCCCCAUCAAUGUAAAUAGACAGUCUUUAUUCAUCUGUUUUCGGCUUGUUAUUAUUAGUUCCUGUGCUUUGCAUAUAAAUUUUCAAUCUUAUGCGAUGUAUUUUUCAUCAAGGAAAGAAAGGGAUACACUUGAGAUAUGUUUCUACGCUGUUUCUAGAAGUGUUUUUAAGUACAACUGCUUACCUCGUUAAGGUAUUAUGCCAAGUUAUGAUAGCAGGGGUUAGGCCCAAAGUCGAGCAAAUUCUUUAGCUACACAAUUUAAUUUCAUUAUCUUCAUAGCCUCGGCCAGAUAAAUCUGGCUUGGGAGGCCAAGGCCAUGCAUUGCCAAACAUUGACUUGAGGACUCUGUCGAUAUUUCACAGUUCCUUUCUAGUUUCUCAUGACUAUGACUAUGAGCGCAUGGUAGAAUGCAUUUUUCUGUUAUCAGACACAGAACACAACACUUGCUAAUGCAACCGAAAUGACUAUACACUCUCUAAUCCCACUUCUUUCAGCUUUUUUGAGCUAUAGGAAUAGGAGAGAGUACUAUCCCAUAAUUUCAGUCAUUUCUUAUAUGUAUUUAUUU